AGACAAACCUGAGGGAGCAGGAAGCGUACAGUAAAGGGAUAGCGUUUCCAUUAUCUUUUGGUUUUCAUGCUGUCAGAACUUGCUAUCCUUCUGUCCUACUGCUGCUCAAAGACCCCUGCUUGGGAAAUGUUGUGAACACUACUCUAUUAGAAACAUUAUGUAAGUCACAACAGACUCAAGUUCUCUCAUAACGGUGGUUAGCUAACGUUAGCUACGAAGCUAGGUUACUCGGACAACCCUUCUUACGACAGCUAACUUCGCUAUGUGAACUAACUAAGCCAGGAAAGUGGCGAUAAAGAAACUCUGCGACUGGCUGGUUGGUGCACAUUUAGUGUUUCCAUUUUUGAAUGUGUUGCAGGUCGCUCUCAUGUGCCCAUGGAGAAAGCGGCCUUUGAGGGGUGGCUGGAGUCAGUCUCCGCCACUUUCCUUACACUAAAUGACCAGCAGCGCAACCAGUCUCUGGACCACCUCAUAUCGCUAAGUGGUGCCGUCCAGCUCCGUCAUCUGUCUAAUGGACUGGAGACGCUGCUUAAGCGCGACUUCCUGCGCCUCCUUCCUCUGGAGCUGGCCUUCUACCUACUGCGCUGGCUGGAUCCGCAGACCCUGCUCACCUGCUGCCUAGUCUGCAAACAGUGGAAUAAGGUGAUAAGCUCAUGUACAGAGGUGUGGCAGGGUGUGUGUCGGAAGCUGGGCUGGAGGAUUGAUGAGUCCAUUCAGGAUGCAACACACUGGAAGGGGGUCUACCUGAAGGCUAAACUGCGUAUGAUGCAGCUGAAGGAUCAGGAAGCCUUUGAGACGUCCUCGCUCAUCGGCCACAGCGCUCGUGUGUACGCCCUCUACUACAAGGACGGCCUCCUCUGCACAGGAUCCGAUGACCUUUCUGCCAAAUUAUGGGAUGUGCGCACUGGGCAGUGCAUUUAUGGAAUUCAGACACACACCUGCGCUACAGUGAAAUUUGAUGAACAGAAGCUGGUGACCGGGUCCUUUGAUAACACCAUUGCAUGCUGGGAGUGGAGCACAGGGGCUAAAAUCCAGCAGUUCCGGGGCCACACAGGAGCAGUCUUCAGUGUGGACUACAAUGAUGAGCUGGACAUGCUGGUCAGCGGCUCUGCAGACUUCACCGUGAAGGUCUGGGCUUUGUCAGCUGGUGCCUGUCUCAACACUCUGACUGGACACACUGAGUGGGUCACCAAGGUGAUACUACAGAAAAGUGAAGUAGAAUCUAUGGUGCACAGUCCUGGUGAUUAUAUCCUCCUAAGUGCUGACAAGUAUGAAAUUAAGGUCUGGCCUUUAGGGAGAGAAAUCAACUGUAAGUGUCUGAAGACGCUGUCAGUGUCAGAGAACCGCAGCAUCAGCCUUCAGCCUCGCCUGCAGUUUGAUGGACGCUACAUCGUCUGCAGCUCUGACCUCGGAGUUUAUCAGUGGGACUUUGCCAGUUUUGAGAUUCUCAGGGUGAUAAAAACGCAGGACCCAGCCAACUUGUCCCUGCUCAGCUUUGGCGAGGUGUUUGCACUCCUUUUCGACAACCAGUUCCUGUAUGUGAUGGACCUGAGGACAGAGGCCAUUUCGGGCCGCUGGCCUCUACCAGCCUACAGAAAAUCCAAACGAGGAUCCAGCUUCCUGGCCGGUGUGACGUCCUGGCUCAACGGCCUGGACGGGGGUAAUGACACUGGACUGGUGUUUGCCACAAGCAUGCCCGACCAUAGCAUUCACUUGGUACUGUGGAAGGAGAACGGAUAGAAGCAAACAAGGACACCAAACCCCAGACUGCUAGGAUAUGAGCCACCAUCAUGUGUGCUCUGGAACAUAUGAACCUUAACAGAUCAUGCAUGGACCAAAGCAUCUUGUUUUUUAUCUGUUUCUUCCUUUGCAUACAGUCCUCCUCUAGACAUAAACAUGAACAGUAAGAGAUGGAAAUGUAAGGCAAACUCAGAGCUAGAUCAGCACUUGCUCCUGCAGAAACCUGUAAACCUCUUAUCAGUCCUCUGAUCUUAAACAAAGAUAAGAAAAUUGACUUCUUGAAGACCCAAGAUGUCUUGGCGACCAUUUAAAAAAAAAAAUGCCAUCAAAAGUUCCAAAAUAAACAUAACCAUAUGAAUUCUCAUGUAAUAGACUUAAACAUGGAAAUGUUUGGGGGGUUUUUUGUUUGUUUUUUUUGGCAAAUUAGCUCUUUGAAGAGUUUAGCAUUGUGCAGUGAUAAUAUUUUAGCCAACCUUUAAUCCAGUCUAUGUUUGGGUGCCAACUUUGGCCACUGACCUUUUCUUACCAGGAUAAGAUUAUGUCAAAUGUGCUGUGGCUCGAACAUGCCUAAUGCCAAGCUGCUCACUGAACUGAUUUGCCAAAAUGUUGGUUUCCUUGUAGAGAACAGGGUUGCCUUAAGCACAGUUUAUAAACCAGAACAUCUCCUUUGAUAUCAGACUUUGACAACAAGGGAGAUGUUACCUGAGGUUUUUACAGACCAUCCCCGAGGAAGCUGUACACCGUAUCGUAUGUUGAAAAAGUGGUUUGGUACAUUGUUGUGUACCAUGUAAAACAUUGUGAGAUUUCAUGUAAUUCCACUGAAUAUGCUUUUUUUAAAAAGGGGUAUGUGGUUUAAAUGUCAGCUUAAGAAAUGUGAUGUGCCUUUUCAGUUCAUUUGACGUUACAAACUAGAAUUCCUUGAUAACUCCGGCACAUUACAGUAAGGUGAUGACUACAUUGUAAAUCUUACUUUUAUGUUGGAUUUUUCAUAUUUACUGUGCUCUAACAGUCUAAGAUGUCUGUAAUUUUAUAGCUAUCUACCUGACACGACUUGCUCAGUGAAUGGCUUAUAUGAAUCAUUGACUGUAUUUAAACAUCAGGUUUAUUUUUCUAAAGGCGAUAAUGCAUUGCACAGAGAAGAAGUGAAGUAGUUGGUUCUGUGCAAAAUUACUAUUUUAAACAAGAAAAUUUGAAUUGAUGGUUUUCCUGGCUUAACAAGAGAAACGAUCUGAAAUCAUGCCUUCUGUGCAUCAGUUUUAACAUUGUCUCAAUUAGGUUUUCUGCUUCUACAAAACUGAAACCUCAGCCAUAAUUGAGUGUUUUUUCCCAGAAUUUUUCAUUGAUGUCUUCCUUUGCAUUGGUAAGUCACAGAUCACUACGGAUGGAAAUGUAUUCAUGUGCACCAAACCUCAUUUAUGACAGAUAAGUUUUUUUUCUUGUAUACAGACUGUAACCUGUUCCUCACAUGGAUUAUUGUACACAGCAGAUGUACAGACUGUUCUUAGUUUAGGUUUUUCAAAUCUAAUUAAAACUCCACCAAUAUAUUUUGUAUUGUUAUCUGACCAUUGCACCACAUUAUGCCCCACCAGCAGCACUCGGUUAAAUUUGAAAUUACAGUAAUAUGAUUUGUGUAUAAAGUGAUACAUUGAAAUGGAAAAGGAGAAAUAUGAAAUGGGAUGUUAAAUUUUGUGUUGAAGUA